UAGGAUGGGGAACGAACGGCGAGGAUUGCGCCGAGCACGGGUUCGCCGCCUCGCCGCGACGCACGCUGCCUCCGGCUUUGCCCGACUCGAGGCGAGCCCGCAACUCGUCUCCCACCCCGCCGUCGUCUCCGUCUCCUCUUUUCAUCUCCCGAGUCCGGCCAUGAACCCUUCCAUGCCGCCACCGCCUCCGCGGAACCCUAACCCUUCCAUCUCCUCUAUGCCGCCGCCUCCGCUCCCGAAACCCUCGCCGUCGGCGCCGCAGCUGGAAGGGGGUUCGGCGUCGGAGCCUCGCGCAUCCGCAGCUGAGGCGGAGGGGAGCGAUAACCCUAGCUCGUCCUCCUCUAUGCUGCCUCCUCCGCCCCCAAAACCCUCGUCACCAACACCGCAGCCGGAGGCGGAGGCGGAGGCGUUGUCUGAGCCUGGCACGUCGGCGGGGGCGGACGGGAUUGAGAAUCCUAGCCCUAGUGUGAGCGACUCGUCGGUGGAUGAGGCGGGGAACCACAGCGGGCCCUCAUCCGGCGACACCGAGAUGGAGGAGGCGGACGCGCCGCCAGCGGAGCGGCAGAGGCAGCAGCAGCGGCCGCGCGCGCCGUACGCCAUUCCCGAGUGGAGCUCCGCGCCGGGUCACCCCUUCUUCCUCGAGGUGCUGAAGGACGGAACAAUCGUCGACAAGCUUGGCGUGUCCGACAAAGGAGCUUACAUGUUUGGUCGAAUUGAUCUAUGCGAUUUUGUACUGGAGCAUCUGACCAUUUCUCGAUUUCAUGCUGUUCUGCAGUUUAGAAAUGAUGGGAAGGCUUUCCUUUAUGAUCUUGGAAGCACACAUGGGUCUUUCAUCAACAAAACUCAGAUCAAGAAGAAGUUCUACACGGAGAUUCAUGUUGGAGAUGUAAUUCGAUUUGGGCAAUCGUCACGUUUGUACAUUUUCCAAGGACCAUCUGAGCUGAUGCCUCCAGAAAAAGAUAUGCAGAAGCGCCGGGAUGCUAAGAUUCAGCAAGAUAUGCUUGAUCGUGAAGCUUCCCUUUUACGUGCAAAAACUCAAGCGGCUUUAGCAGAGGGAAUCUCAUGGGGUAUGGCUGAGGAUGCAGUUGAAGAAUCUGCAGAGGAUGAAGCAGAUGAAAUCACUUGGCAAACCUACAAAGGUCAGCUUACUGAUAGACAGGAGAAAACACGUAGCAAGAUAGUAAAGCGAAUGGAGAAAAUUGCCAACAUGAAGAAAGAAAUUGAUGCAAUAAGAAUUAAGGACAUUUCUCAAGGUGGGCUAACCCAAGGUCAACAAACACAGAUUGCACGAAAUGAACAACGGAUAUCUCAGAUUAUGGAGGAGCUAGAUAAUCUAGAAGAAACUUUAAAUGACAGUAUACGGGAAAGUCUUGGUGCUCGUUCUGGAAAGACAAAUCGUGAUAGCCAUAAAGCAAAUCUUGAGGAAGAAGAUGUUCUUAGUGACGAUGAUGAAUUUUAUGAUCGGACGAAGAAGAAAUCAUCUAGUCAGAAAUCCAGUGAGCAACAAUCAGUCGAGACUGCUGACAGUCUUCUUGAGAAAAAGGAUUCCAUCACAAAUGAUAUUGAAAGUAAAAAGAAAUUGCUUGAAGAAGAGAAGCAUAAGCUGGCUCAAAGCGAUACUGCAGAUCUUGGGGAUGACCUUGAUGCUUACAUGAGUGGCCUGUCAUCUCAAUUAGUACAUCAUAACAUUGCCCAAAUUCAAAAGGCACUAUCUGAUCUUCAGACUGAGCUGGACAGAGUAGUUUACCUACUAAAAAUAGCUGAUCCUAUGGGAGAAGCAGCUCGCAAGUGGGAUCUAAAGCCACAAGAAGCAAAAACCGCAGCAUCUAAUGAUAAACCGAGACCUGAAUCCAACAAAAAAAAUAAAAUUGCGCAAACCACUUCAACUGAGGAGAAGCUCAAGGGUUCUUCUAACAAAACACAAACAGAUAAACCUGCUAAGGUGGAGAAUGAUGUCUCCGAAAACCAAGAAAAUGGCAGCAAACCUGCGUUUGCCAUUCCAAAGCCUCAAUGGCUUGGCGACAAGAGGAUCAUAAAACCUGAAGAAAACUUCACAAAUGAAGAAAAGGCGGAUGCAGAGGAGCCUGAAAAUUUUGUGGACUACAAAGAUCGAAAAACUAUUCUUUCUAAUUCAAGCAGUGGAAAAGAGCUUGAAGAGGCUGCUCCUGGGCUUAUUCUACGGAAGAGAAAGUCCACUGAUCAGUCAGCUGUCAGUGAGGCAGAUUCGUCUUCUGUUGAAUCUGAAGCAUCUGCUGCUGAUGCUGUGGCCCUUCUGCUUAAGCAUAAACGUGGUCUACAGACUUCAGAAGAAAUGGAGGAUGAGAAUGAACCACAUGCUAGCAAGAGAGAAGGAAAAAAAUCAAAACAAAAACGUGCAUUGGGUCCAGCAAGACCAGAUUUUCUUGAAGCGGGACCAGAAUAUGAAACAUGGGUGCCACCUGAAGGUCAAACUGGUGAUGGGCGCACUGCAUUGAAUGAUCGUCUGGGUUAUUGAAGUUUUCUCAGCAACAGCUCUCACUGGUCAUGUUGCAGCAAACUGGAGCGCGUGCCUGGAGUGUUAGUGUAAUGAGUCUGCGAGCACGUUCACAUUGCGCUUCCAACAUGUCGUGGUUGUGUCUAGUGUAGUUUUGAACGACUCCUGGACCAUUUGAUCUAAACCGACACUCAAUCUCAGCUAGAGUUUAGGCCAGUCACAUCGUGGUGGAUUGCAUGCAAACAAUAGAGUGAUAGAUUAGAUUAAAUGGUCUAAAGGAAAUUAGAGUCCAUGCUAGAAAAACUACCGUGGUGAGCUGGAAGCCACAUAAAUGCUAUCAUGUAGUCAAACCAUUCCAGGGGAUAGUUGGUGUCAAAGAAAA